CGCCCAUCCGGGCCAGCGCGGCGGGGCCGGGACGGGCAUCAUGGCCGCGCCGGGGGCGGCGGGCGGUGGCAGGAGCGGUGCCCCCGCCGCCGAAUGGGGCGGCUUCGAGGACAACAUGCAGGGUGGCGGCUCCGCUGUCAUCGACAUGGAGAACAUGGACGACACAUCGGGCUCCAGCUUCGAGGAUAUGGGGGAGAUGCACCAGCGCAUGAAGGAGGAGGAGGAGGAUGAGGCGGAGGGCGAGGCGGGCGCCGGCGAGGAGGAGGACGGGGAGUUCCUGGGCAUGAAGGGGCUGCGGGGGCAGCUGGGCCGGCAGGUCGCUGACCAGAUGUGGCAGGUGGGGAAGAGACAAGCCUCCAGGGCCUUCAGCCUCUACGCCAACAUCGACAUCCUCCGGCCCUACUUCGAUGUGGAGCCCGUCCAAGUGCGAGCCAGACUGCUGGAGUCCAUGAUUCCUGUGAAGAUGAUUAAUUUCCCACAGAAGAUUGCAGGCGAGCUGUAUGGACCCCUCAUGCUGGUUUUCACACUGGUGGCCAUUCUUUUGCAUGGAAUGAAGACCUCAGACACCAUCAUUAGGGAAGGCACACUGAUGGGCACAGCCAUUGGAACCUGCUUCGGUUACUGGCUGGGCGUCUCAUCUUUCAUGUAUUUCCUGGCAUAUCUGUGCAAUGCCCAAAUCACGAUGGUGCAGAUGCUGUCACUGCUGGGCUACGGUCUUUUUGGACACUGCAUCACUCUCUUUGUCACCUACAACAUCCACUUCCACUCCCUCUUCUAUAUCUUCUGGUUGGUCGUUGGUGGACUCUCUACACUACGAAUGGUUGCUGUGUUGGUGUCACGCACCGUGGGACAUACCCAGCGGCUCAUCCUGUGUGGGACUCUUGCUGCUCUGCAUAUGCUUUUCCUCCUCUAUCUGCACUUUGCUUAUCACAAGGUGGUAGAAGGUAUCCUGGACACAUUGGAAGGACCCAACAUGCCGCCCUUCCAGAGAGUUGCCCGAGACAUUCCAGUUGUUUCCAAUGCUGUACUGAACACAACAGCCAAAGCCAUUGCAUUGACCCUCUAGUUUUACAGACUUGGACUUGCUUCCUUCACUACUUUUGGGGCUGCAUAGGGCCACAGUAACCUGCUGCCUGUUAGGAACAGGACAGAACAGCAAGAAGACAACUUGGUUUUGUUUUCCUGGACCUGUCCUCUGCAUUAAGGUUUUGGGCAGCUGAGUGGACUCAGCAGAGGCGAGUCACACCUCAGUGACUCAGAAGAGCUGUACUCUUCCCCCAUCCAGGUGUGGGCUAUCUUGAAUAGAGUGGUUCUGUUGCCUGCAUGUUUAGCUGGGAUUUCCCAGCACAGUUUGUUCCUUAGCCCUCUUUCCGCUUGCUGAUGUAACUCCAGGAGUAUCUGCCCUGUUCCUGUCCUGAAGAGGGAAGAAUUAAAUUGAUGUUGGUGCUGA